AUGCAAAUUGUUUUCACGUGCAACAAAUGCGAAACUCGUCAGAGCAAGAUCUUCACCAGGAUGGCAUACGAGAAAGGGGUGGUUAUCGUCAAGUGUGAUGGGUGUGGGGUUCAGCAUUUGCUGGCGGAUAAUCUCGGCUACUUCUAUGACUCAACGGGUUUCACCAAAUGCCGAAUUGCUGCACACACCUGA